GCGCCCGGCCGCCGGUUAAAGGGGCCGCGCCCUGGGCCCCCGCCGAGUGCGAGCCCGGGCGGAGGGCAGGGCAGGGCGUGCGUCCGGGCGAGCGCGCGGGCUGGCUGCCCGUCCGCACCAUGUACACCAUCACCAAGGGGCCCAGCAAGCUGGUCGCGCAGCGCCGCACAGGUCCCUCGCAGCAGCAGGUGGAGAGCAGGCUCGGCGAGCUCCUGAAAUGCCGGCAGCCCGCGCCGCCGACCCCAUCGCCCCCGCGGGCGCAGCCGCCGGGACCCUGGCCCCUGUCGAGCGGCCCUCUCAGCCAAGGAGGACCCCCGAGCGGCGGUGGGGCACCUGAGCCCAGGAAGGCGAGCAGGCCGGCGGGACCGCGAGUGCCUGGUGGAGUGGCACGUGCAGCCCAGGACUCCCGGCUCCCACCUCCUGCUGUAGCGUGGCAGCAAGUGGAGCGGCAGCUGGGUGGUGGCCCAGCUGGCGAGAGUGGGCCCAGGCCCGUGCAGUAUGUGGAGAAGACCCCCAACCCCCGGCUGCAGAACUUCGUGCCCAUUGACCUGGACGAGUGGUGGGCGCAGCAGUUCCUGGCCAGAAUCACUAACUGCUCCUAGCCACCUUGGAAGGAACCGCUCCCCUGCAGGGCCCAAAUGAGCCUCGUGGUGGACCCCUGCCAGGAGAGGACCACGGCGCCCUGAUGAACUGCUGAGGCGGACCAUGCUCCACCCUGAGCCCGGCCAGGCGCCGGCCACACCUGAAGUGCCAGCAUUUGGACUUUUGCACCUGCUGACCCCUUGGCCCGGCUGUCCCAUGCUGCCAGGGGCUGAAACUGUCUGACCUCAAUCCUGCUCACUGUGCCCAGGGACCAGCCCCUAGGGCUGGCAGGGAGGAGCUCCAGGCUAAUAAUAAAGUCGAGAAACUGCC